AAAAGAUUUUGGCGGAGAACUAUAAGUGAAGACCCAGGUAUUCAUCGGUUAAAAAAGGUCAAAACCCAAACAGAACCCCGCCACCGGACCGGAACACUUGUACUCUCAACGCAGCUCAACGAACUACGUCAGUUCAGUUCUCAAGGAGCCACUGAAAAGCGGCCCUCUUUAUUCUUCGCAUCCAUUUUACCGCAAGAUCCACCGGAUACAGCCCACAUUCACCAUCUCAAGAGCCUAAGAAGCCCCUGUCAAAAUGGCCAUUUUUUUGCUUUCUAGAGCUUCACGAUCCAGAUUACUAAAACCCUCUUUGUCUCUCUUGGCCAACACGACUAAAUCAACAGUCAUCUCUCAUUCUCAUCCCAUAUUAAAUCCUAAUUUAAACCCAUUUCCUUCUUUUCAACGUUGGACUCCGAAUCUCGAAGAAAGUCUUAGAUUCGUCUCCAUUGCUAGAAUUUGUUCUACACCUUCAGGUUCAGCCGAGAAAGAAGAUAAAAAAAGUGGUAAUAAUAGCUAUGACAUUUCAUGGAUUGACUUAUAUCUACCCAAAACAGCCAGGCCUUAUGCGAGGCUUGCUCGCCUUGAUAAGCCCAUUGGGACUUGGCUGUUGGCUUGGCCUUGUAUGUGGUCAAUUACAAUGGCCGCGGCCCCUGGACACCUCCCUGAUUUAAAGAUGUUGACUCUAUUUGGCUGCGGCUCUCUGCUUUUAAGAGGUGCUGGAUGUACCGUUAAUGAUCUCAUUGAUAGAGAUAUUGAUACAAAGGUGGAACGUACAAAGUUGAGGCCAGUUGCUAGUGGUCUUUUGACACCUUUGGAAGGGCUUUGUUUUCUUGGAUUUCAAUUGCUUUUGGGUCUUGGGAUUCUCCUUCAAUUGAAUAAUUAUAGCCGUAUUUUGGGGGCUUCAUCCUUGUUGCUAGUCUUCUCUUACCCCCUCAUGAAGAGGUUCACCUUUUGGCCUCAAGCAUAUCUGGGCUUGACCUUUAAUUGGGGAGCCUUAUUAGGGUGGGCUGCAGUUAAGGGGAGUUUAGAUCCAGCUGUUGUGUUUCCAAUGUACAUUUCAGGAGUUUUUUGGACACUUGUGUAUGAUACAAUAUAUGCACAUCAGGAUAAAGAUGAUGAUCUGAAAGUUGGUGUGAAGUCUACUGCUUUAAGAUUUGGAGAUUCAACUAAAAAGUGGAUUUCUGGGUUUGGAAUUGCAUGUGUUAGCGGCCUUGCCCUCAGUGGAUUCAAUGCUGAUAUUGGGUGGCCAUAUUAUGCAUUUUUGGUGGCAGCAUCUGGACAUUUAGGUUGGCAAAUAUGGACAGUUGACCUUUCAAGCCGUGCUGAUUGUAAUAGAAAAUGUCAACUUGCUGAUUCCAUUCAAUGCUUCUAUUUUCUGGUACCAGAUUUGUGUCCAACAAAUGGUUUGGUGCCAUUGUUUGUGGUGGGAUUCUAUUCGGAAGAUUCAUGCAAUAAAGGUGUUGCCUCUUCUCAGGUGGAACUGCAGGGCUCCAAUGCUCGGACUGGGCUGUUUACUAACUUGGAAAUAGAUUAUAAGCCUGGCGAAUUUUGCUACUUAUCUAAAGGAUGUGUUAUAUAAAUUGGGAUAUUUUGAGAGUCAAGAUCAUUUUUUUGAAUUCGAACUGAUAAUUUCUGUGAUAUGAAGAAAAAUAUUUAAAAUUUCUUACAAUGAAUGUCAACAAUUUUCCCAUGAAA